CAGAGACGUGCGACGGAAAUACGUCACCGAGCUAAGCGCUGCUGUAAAUUGAGUUUUUGACGCUCUGCUGACGAACCACUGGCAGCUGUCAAAACUUUCUGCUUCAUAUUUUACCCACUGUCUGGAUUCAAUCAGGCAGCAUGGGUCGUGGCUAUAUAGUAGAAGAUGCUGUGGAGGGAUAUCUGUCUAAACUGUGUGAACAACAACCAGGUCCAGUCACUGGCCUGCUGAUUGGACAGAGUUCAACCCAGAGGGAUUUUGUCAUCAUGGCAACUCGGACACCACAAAGGGAGGAGUCUGCUGCAGCAGCUGGGAGCUCUGUGGACAAGGAGUGGGUGACAGAGCAUGCUCGACAGGUGUCUAGGAUGCUCCCCGGGGGCUUGUCUGUAUUGGGAGUCUUCAUCAUCACUGAUACUGAUGCCAAGGACACACUAACCACACUCAGACAGCUGGUCUUUGCAGUGGAGAACCUGAUCUCAUUGGAGCAUCUAUGGAUCCCUGCAGAUGACGAGGUCACAGACUGCGUCACUCUGCACGUCAACCCCAAAACCAGAAAAACCAUCUGCAGAACCUUUGAUGUCAAGGACCCCAAGAGUAUGGCCAAGCCUGCAGACUGGAAGUACCAAUCGGGCGUGUGUUCCUCCUGGAGCAUGGUGUCAUGUUGUUUAAAUGUGGACAUGUUGGUACCACUACCAACCAGAGCCGGUCCAGAGAACAUGGAUACAUCUCUUAAUGAGGGACUGAAAAUGUGGGCACACCACAUUCAGAGUGGAGCGUGUCUGAUCGACGGAAAAAAGCUACCGGAGGACACAGAGCUCACAGGCGGACAGAAGAGGAAUGUAAGGCAGACGUACACGGCUCAGCUGCUGGUCACACCGGAUGACCUGAGAUUACCAGAUGUGGUCCAGCAGUGUGGAGGCAGCGUGUCAGUCAGAGGAGUAAUCCACAGCAGAGCUUACAUACACAGCAAUAAACCAAAGGCCAGACUGGCCGAAAAGCUGCUGAAGAGGGAUGUGGUUUCCACGGUGGCCACAAGGGUUCAGAUGCUGCUGGAGGAGCUGCUGGUAUCAGAGCAGGAGAGCAAGGGCAGCAGAAAAGACAAACAACAGACAGAGCAAUUCUGUCUCCCUCGGCGUAUCUUCUGCCCUGUAAAAGUGAGUGGGCCGGUGUGUGUGUGUGACUACCAGUUCAGUGACGAAGGCCAGUCUGAGGUGACUGAGAGGCUGAAGGAGAUGCUGGAUAUUGACACAACCGAGGAAGACUUAGAUACCAGGCAGGAAGCACCCUCAGAAACCACAAAGGAAGAUGUCGCAGCAGAGCCCACUGUAGAAACUGUUGAAGCCCUUGAACCCAAGAGAAACAACUACUUUGGUGUUGCCAUGGCGACUGCUGCCGCCCUGCUUGCCACUGCUGCCUCGAUGCUCUAUCUCAAUGAUGUUUAAUACACACACCAAAUAAAGUGGUUAUUGUAGCAAACAUUUGGUAUCAA